GAGAAGGUAGGGCUCCUGUGUUGCCAAGAGUAAGCAACAGCUUACCACAUGACCCACCCUCACUGCUAAUCUUGGUUGAUGACAUGCAAAAUUACUCUCUGCAGCCAUAGAUGUGUCUCUCGGCUGCACUGCCUCUGCCUUUCCUCUGCCAGAUGCUGACAGGCUCUGAAUCAGUGGACACAGAGAAACAGCUCCUCUCCUAUCUGCAUGGAAACUGGACGGGGGAUGAAUAACAGGAGAGAAGAAAGAGCAAAGUUGGUUAUUUUUCUGGCACAUGGAUGCAAUUACACAGAGCACAUUCCAGAGGCGUUACUUUGAAUUCUGAGCAGGUCUGUUUGCCAUUCCUGAGUGGAAAGAAGGGGAAAAAGGGAAGAAAAGUCUCUCUCCCAGAGACGGAAUGUCUGCACUUUCCAUCCUAUUUCUAGCAUCUUGUUCAACCUGGAUGUCACAGGCCCAAACGGAAUUUAAAAGGGUGGCUGAAGCCAAUGUGACUCUGCCCUGCCACCAUCGGCUGCAUCUCCUGGAGCCAACAAGCCUGGACAUAGAAUGGCUGCUAAAGGAUUCUGACGCUGAACCAAAAGUGGUGAUCACUUAUGCAGGAGGCAAUAUCUAUAAUUACUUCACUGAAAAACAAAAGGGACGUGUUUCAUUUGCUUCCAAUUACCUAACAGGAGAUGCCUCUUUAGAGAUUUCUCUCCUGCAGCCAAGUGAUGCUGGGCUGUACACAUGCAAAGUUAAAAAUGCGGGACAGUACGAGUGGACCCACAUCACCCUGAAAGUUCUUGAAAAGCCAUCUAAACCCAAAUGCUGGAAAGAAGGGCAGAUGUCUGAAGGAAAAGAAAUCUCUUUACAGUGCAAUUCUGUUUCUGGGACCACACCCAUAACAUACAGUUGGCAGCGUAUCGAUGAGGAGGGGAAAACUGGGUCUCUGCCACCUAUGGCACAUAUCAACCUUUCCAAUCCUGCACAGAUUUUUAUGAAGAAUCUCACAUGGAUGGCUACAGGUUUAUACCACUGUAUCGCUUCCAACGAAGCAGGACAGGAGAGCUGCAUCGUAGAGGUGACUGUGCAGCGUGCACAGAAUUUUGGCAUAGUCGCUGGGGCAGCUUGUGGAGUCAUAGGAGGCCUCUCCCUGGUUUUUCUGGUUGUUUGGCUGACUAUCAAGAGAAAAGAAAAGAAGAAAUAUGAGGAAGAAGAAGCCCCAAAUGAAAUAAGAGAAGAUGCAGAGGCACCAAAAGCUCGAUUAGUCAAGCCUGGUUCUUCUUCUUCUGGCUCCAGGAGUUCACAUUCGGGUUCCUCCUCAACCAGAUCAACUGUAAACAGUGCUUCUCGCAGCCAACAGACAUUGUCAACAGAGGCUACUCCCCAGAUAACACCAACCCAACCUAGCCAGCUGGAGAUGAACGGGAGGGGAAAUGAGCCAAAGAAAAUUAACCACACCAACCUGAUGAAAAUAGAAGCCACACCAACCAUGGUGCCUGCUCAGAGUCGGGCUUUCCAGACAGUUUGACUGUUCCUCACAACCUAUUCAGUUUCCACCUGUACCCAUUACUCACAUAAACCACCAGCAGUGUGCAGUUAGAUUACGUAGCUUGUUUAUCAUCCAGAGGAACUUUUGUUUCCUACACUCAUUCACUACACAACAAAAUCUCUCACUCAAUAUUUUCUAAAUAUUUUUGUUAUGAGGUACACAUACAGGCUUGAAAAGAGAACUCAUGUUGACUGGGUUUUAAUUUUUUUUUUUUAAAAAAAAUCUGUUUGCUCUUAAAAGGAAGAGAAGGGAAAUUUGAAGUAACAUGCUGGAGCCUUGAAAUAUUCUUGUAAAUGAAGCACAAAAGUAUAAUAGUUCAACAGAACUCUGAAGGGAAAAAUUAUUUUGUACUGUUUCCCACAAAAUGUAUACAUGAACCAUCAUCUCAGCUGUGGCAUCAGUUUUCUCCAAUGAAAUAAUUCUGAUCAAUUUCACAAGGAAAUUGACAGCUGCUUUGUGCCUAGCCCUUCAAUGAAUUACCAACAACAGGAACAGAACAGAAAAUACCUUGGGGGUGGAACUGAGAAGCAGCAUAGGACUUUGAAUUGCUGUGUUCGCUGGAGGAGUCUUCUCUUAACAAAGCAGUGCAUUAAUAUAAGAAGGUACGUAUAACUGAAAGAAUAUAGAUGGAAGCUCACUGAGCCAAAGCCAAUUCUGUCCUUAUUUGUAUAUUCAUGCAAGUCAAGGAAUUUACAUCCUAAUGGAUCUCUAGAAUGUGAGGUUAAAAUCAAAUCCCAAAUUCCCUCUUCAGAUUUAAAAGUAUCAUAGAUUUUAAGAACAGCAGCAGUAGCAGCAACAACAACAACCAACUUGUUGAGGGACUAAAAUAGAACCCUGGAAAAAAACUGUAUUUUUAUGCUCUGCACUAGAAAUAGUGACCCCCCCAUCAUUAGGAUCAAUAUUUCCAAGGCCUUUUCUUGUUCUUUUUAACAGUGCAGAACACAAUGGAUAAUGUAAUUAGCAAAUUUCUAGGUACAUUUUGGGAUAGCUUGUUGUAAAUAAUUUUGAAGAAAACACUCACAUGUACAAAUGAUAACGACCAUGUAGAGAAAACGUAGAAUUCAACAGGUAUGAUUUUACAAAUGUAUUAGUCUCUCUUUAGGGUAGAAAGAUCAUUUAAUGAAUACCACUAGUAUCAGAUGAUAUUAAAUAAGGAAUGUAGAAGAGGACAAAGGAAUGGAGACCACCAAUAUUCUUAAUUACAUAGUGUUAGACGGUUUUUGUUACUGAAGAACAGAAAGCACUUGACACAGAAUAGAGGAUAUUCAGAUAGCCUGUGAUACAUUUACAAGGUACUGAUAGUUUUGAGCCUUCAUUUUAUAUUAUAUUCACCAUCCAACUGCUAUUAUUUAAUGGUGAAGCACAAACUUUGGAUUCUGAUAUUAAAAGGAGCCAUAAAAGAUUUUACACGUUAAAUUUUACAAGAUUCUAAGACAGGGAAAAAUAGAAACUUUAUACAGAAAAGUGGAAAAUCUUAUUCAAAAUCACAAGCCAUUUCACUCUCAAAGGGAUGUUAACUGUAAUGGUUUUUGAAAUCAACACUGUUUCAAAAGGGAAGAUACACUUGUGAAAAAAAAGGAAACAUUUAUUUUGUAAAAUAAUCUAUUUAAAGUAUUUACUGUACUCUGUAUACAAGUUACUAUCUAGUGUUGUUGCAUAAAUUUUCUCUAGUUUUACUUCAGUUCUUGAUUGGUAAACUGGUAAACUACUUCUCUUUUACCUGCUAUUAUUGGUGUACUUGUGCUCAGAAUGAGCAACAAAAAGGGAAGCAAAUAUUUAUUGUAGAUUCCUUUGAAUCAACAAUUUAGUAAGACUGUUUUGUUGUUGUUUUUAAAUAAAGAGGCAGCAGGCUAAGUACUGCAGUUCAACAAAACUUGGA